GAUCCGUGAUUUUUCAAGGGAAUUAUAGGCUAACAUACGUGGUAUGCAUUUCUCGAUAUGACAAAUACAGCGUGGCCCGGUGUGAGUUUAGUGCACGUGAGCUCAAAGUUCAGUAUGCUGAUGUCAAGUGGGCAUCCAGCACAGUGGGUGGGCUUUCAAGAUGCCCAUUGUGUAACUCAGCUGUACUGCCAUUGCACCACAUGGAUUUGCUCGAAGCAUGAGUGGAAAACUUCAUAUCAAGACUUUUGGAAGCUAUGUAAUGCCAACAGCAUAAAGGGUCAUUGCAACAUGAAGAAGGAGCUGUAUACAACAGUGUUUUGCCAGACCUUUUCAGACUGUGGAUCUCACCUUGCAGCUGGCGAUGGAUUCGGCAAUGUGGCUGUUUAUGACGUUAAGAAGAUCGUGGAGCUGUCCUCCAACGAGGAGUCGAUUCGUGAGUUCCGCCGGCCCGAGCUGCGCUUCUCCACGGGCGAGGCGCCCAUCUACAGCAUGACCUCGGACGAGCGGCACCUGGUCACCGGCGUCAGCGGGCACAUCCAGGCAUAUAAAUGGAGCGACGUCACGAAGAAGAACUACAAACUGGCGUGGAAUAUCCCAAUCGAGUCCGACAGGGAGAGUCUGACACAGCCGGAGGUGAACUCGAUCGACAUCCAGGACGGCCGCCUGUACGUGGGCUCGGGCAGCCGCGAGGUGCAGAUCUUCGACCUGGAGACGCGCAUGAAGGUGGCCUCGCUACGCGGCCACACCGACUACGUCCACGCCGUGCGGGUCAGGGGCGACCAGUGCGUCAGCGCCGGCGAGGACGGCACCGUGCGCUUCUGGGACACGCGACAGAACAAGGAGACGUCCAAGGUGGAGCCGCACGCCCACCCGGAGCUGGAGCGAGGCCGUGGCCGCUGGAUCGGCGCCAUGGACGUCACAGACGACUGGAUGGUGUGCGGCGGCGGGCCGCGGCUAGCGCUCUGGCACAUGCGCUCGCUGACGAUGGCGGCCGUCUGUGACCUGCCGGCUGUGGCGCACGUGGCACGCUUCCACGACGGUCUGGUGCUGGCCGGCGGCGACGCAGCCGACCUGCAUCAGUUCAGCUUCAGCGGCGAGACCAGCGCCGUCAUCCCCACUGACUGCACGGCCGUCUUCACCGUGCUGGCCCGCGCCCAGCCGAGCAAGCUGCUGACGAUCGGGGGCUGCGGCAAGUUUAUCGAAGUCUGCACGUCGAACAAAUACAAGGACUUCUCGCUGAGUUUUUUGUGACCGGACGAGGAGUUCGUUUCUGUGUCGGUCUCCGCUGUUUGGUGAUGGUUUUGGGAGAAAAGGUGCGCAUCCUCUCUAUGUACAAAGUUGCGGAUGGUGAAACUUGACUGCUACCAGUCUGUAUGCUUGUUGUACAUACAGGCCAGUGUUACCAUCUCAUUGGUUUCAUUUUGCAGCGUUUUGUACGUCAGUCAAAGUGGUUGUGUGUGAAUAAUUUCUAUCUGAAAUAUAGUUUCUUUGC